AGGAAGGCUGAGCUGAAACACCACAGGUGGGACGAUGCAGCAGGAAUAUCCGUCUUACUGAACUUUCCCGAGGAUUUUUUUAAUUUAUUUUUUUUUUUAAAUCCUAAACUAAAUUCCUGUCCCAGUCUGGGAUUAGGAAAUAACUGGACCUCUGUGGAACUGGAUCAGGUUUUUUCCCUUUUAAGAACUAAAACAUUAAAGACUUCAGAAAGAGCCUGACUCCGCCCCCUCCUCUGUGAUAUGACAUCAUCCAGCGGUUGCCACAGAAACCAGGGCUCCACUGCAGACAGUUGACAGCCAGGCAGGUGCAGUGAUGGCGACCCAGGUGGAGCUCGAGCCUGGAAUGGUGAACAGCCGUCUGCUUGUGAGUCCUCUGACUGACUCGAGUAAUAAAACCCUCAUGGAGGAUUCAUCCAUCAUCAGUUCAGACCCCAAGAAACCAGUCCCUGGCCCCAAACCGAGACUCACUCCAAAACCUUUUGCUCUGCAGAGAAAUGCAACUAUACGACCUAUUCUUGCUCCCAAACCUCAGCCCAAACCUAAACCAGAGACAUUGUCCAAACCAGAGCCACCGAGCAAACCCAAGCCAACAUCUCCAGCCCUUAAAUCAGGAACUACACCAGCGUCUGGACCAGGCAGCAAACCAGAGUCUCCAACGUUGAAAACAGAACCUUCUCCUCCUUGGAAUGAUCCUAGUGAACUCAAGCUGGCUGAGACAGGAAGCGUGGUACGAAGAACAAGCUUGGCGUCUCAGUCCAAACCUGUAGAAUGGUCUUCUCGAUCCAAAACUGGUGGUUCUAUCACUCGGGCAAAGUCCAUGGGCUUCCUCGGUAAUGUUGGUUCGGAAGAGGACGGGGGUAAAGAGGGUGACGAGGUUGUUCGUCGUCCUCAGGAAACAAGAAGCUCCAAGCCAAGACCGGUGUCGGCCAUUUUCCUGCCAGACACCACAGAAUCUUCCAGCUCUACCCCACCCCGACUGGACAGACGACCUCUAUCGUCUGACCUCACUUCCAAGUUUGAGCCCACUUCACAAAGGCAAUCAACAACAGGAGACAGCAAGGAGAACACACCAGAGACUCCUGCCCCGGAAGAUGGCGUUAGGAGGAGAGAGAAGGACCACACAGAUUUAGAAAGAAGUUUCAGGAAGAAGGAUGCGGAAGGGCAGGAUGCAAAGCGUUUGGAAAGAACAGGAAGUGGUAUCAAGAGGAGGAUUAGUCUCCUUAUGGACUCGUCUUCUUCCACGUUGUCGGUUCCUGCGACCAGAGGUGCUGAGCCUCGUUCUCCAGUGCCACCGAUCUCAGACACGGAUGGAGUUGUUGGAGUGAAACAGCGAAUCAAAGAGCUGACCGAGGAUAUGUCCACCACACAGGCUCCACCCCAGAAGCCUCAGAUUAAGCCCCGCCCACUUCCAACAGAUAGAACAAAACGCUUUGCGUCAGAUGCGGAGAACACGACCUCCAGUGAGGUUAAAAGUGUCCAGGAAGGAGUUGAGGAACUGGACAAAAAGCCCAAGGACUUCGCUUCAGCUGGGCAGAGAAAGCCACAGGAAGAGCCGGACUUGCCUGCUAAUGCUCCCAGUGGUGUCCAGACUGUCAGAGCAUCACUUUAUGAGAAUGUGGUGGAGAAACACAGCGUCCAAAUGAUGGAGGAUGCUAACUCUGGCUCGGUGAAGCCCCAACCCAGACGCAGCCUCUCUCUUCGGACAAAAGGAAUCAGUUUAUCAAGUAGUAUGGACGAUGAAGAUGACAGAUCUCUGGUCAAGGCUACGUAUCAGAAUUUGGCAUCUCCUUCUAGUCCAAAACGCAUCGAUCAUGUUUUUGACAUGGUGAUGGCAGUCGAAGAGAGUCGUGCAGUUAGCGAAAACAUUCCGGCUGCCCAUCUGGAAGAAAAGGCUCUUACUCUUCGAAGGUCCAACACCGGGGAAAAGAAAAACUCUGUGAAUGACGGGAUUCUAGGAAAUGAAGAGAACAGCUAUACAGUGGGGUCUAGUAGCUUAAAAGGUAAAGAAAGACAAUCGACUGGUUCUGCUAUGGAGAAGAGUAACACACGAUAUCUCAGAGUGGGAGCGCUGCCAAAAUGGGACGAUGCGUAUAUCGAUAGAGUACAGGAUUCGGAAAUGGAAAAGCAAAAGGAGAUGGUGAGGAAGAUGGAAGAGGAACUUCAGAGGCAGAUGGAGAUCAAUAUAGCUGCGAAAGCAGACAUUGAAGAAGUCGAGCUAGAAAAUGAGAUAGAGAUGGAAAAAGAAAAUGCUGCAGCUUAUAGACAGCCAACAAAGGUACCAGAAACCAUGGAUCAGCAAAUAACAAGACCGAGAGCGACUUAUUUCGCUGUUACAGGUCAAUUAAACGAGACCAUACACCAGAGAGCAGGAAGAGACGAAGAAGAGAUGUUUAGGAGUGAGGCCAGACCGAUGGCUGAAGACCGACUUAACCCCGAGACGGCGUUCGAGGACUUCUCUGUGAAAGCAGGACGAAGGAGUUUUCACAAUCGAGUGCCGUCGAUGAGAAGGAACCCCUCGUUGGAAUUUGCUUAUAAGAAAAGUUCACCAGAAGGGCUGCAAAUUGGAGAGGGUAGAGAGGGGACACCAUGGCAGAGAGUACAAGAAAAAGAGAAGGAAUAUCAGAGAGCAAUGGACCAGGAGUUGGAGAGACAAAAGCUAGCAGAGUAUGAAAAGGUGAAGGAGCUGGAACAGCAGAGAGAGUUGGAGAAAGAAAGAGAGAGGCAGAGAGAGUUGGAGAAAGAAAGAGAGAGACAGAGAGAGUUGGAGAAAGAAAGAGAGAGGCAGAGAGAGUUGGAGAAAGAAAGAGAGAGGCAGAGAGAGUUGGAGAAAGAAAGAGAGAGGCAGAGAGAGUUGGAGAAAGAAAGAGAGAGGCAGAGAGAGUUGGAGAAAGAAAGAGAGAGGCAGAGAGAGUUGGAAAGGGAGAGGGAGAGACAGAAAGAGAUGGAACGUCAGAGAGAAAUGGAGAAGCUAAAGGAAAUCGAAAGGCAGAAACAAUUAGAAAUGGAACGACAAAUCCAAAUGGAAUACGAGAGGAGAAGAGCUGAGAGAGAGCUUGAGCAACAGAGGGAGGCUGAGAGACGACAGAAAGAAUUAGAGAGAGAGAAGGAGAGAUUGCUAGAGGAGGAAAGGAUGAAACUGAGGGAGUAUGAGAAACACCUGGAGAUGGAACGACAAAUUAAGCUGCAAGAAACUGAAAGACAAAAACAAAGAGAGCUUGAAAGACAGAUAGAGCUUGAGAGACAGAAAGAACAGGAAAGGCAGAAAGAGAUGGAGAGACAGAAAGAACUAGAGGAGAUGGAGAGAUGGAUGCAGUCAGAGAGACAGAAAGCACAGGAAAGGGAGAAACAGAGAGAGAUGGAUGAUCUCAAGAAGAUCCAGGAACUUGAGAGGAAUCAGCUUCUUGAGUUCCAACUUCAUAAAGAGCAUGACCGGGAGAAACAGACCACCAGGAAGAAACAGGAAAGAAUAGAUGAAAGGCAGAGAGAGACUGAACAGGAAAGGAGAACUCCGGAAUCUCCUCUGCGACCCAAGGUGCUGGACCUGGAUAAUGUUUCUCUGGGGGAUCGGUUUGGUACAAGUUUGAGCAGCGAUCAGAGCCCGACACCCAGAUGGAGGCAGCCUACAAAUCGUGAAGAGGAACUUUACAAACCAUCAAUUUUGGACGUUGAUUCUUUCAAGAAUCAGACACAACCUGGAGUUCCUGUGGAUCCCUUUGGAAUGACCGCAUUCUCAAGUUUGGAUUCGGUUAGAGCCAACCCAAUGACCCAAACCAGUGGAGCCAAAUCAGUGUCUCCAGUUCAUCCUCAAUCUUUGUUGCAGAACCUCCAAAGAGAUACACCACCUCAGUCUCAGCUGCACGCUCCGUUUCAACCUGCCCUUUCAGAACAAGCAAGACUUCCACCUCCACUUCAGCCCCAGGUUCUGAACCAACCAGGGCUUCAAGGCUUUGCCACAGAAAGACCUAAACCCCAAAUGCCAUCCCAGACUGUCACCCCAGACUGGACCCAUAGAGAGCACCCAUUUGACGUCUUUGGUACAUCACAUAGGGAGGUAGCUGUGGACGAACCUUUAUGGCUCUCUUCUACAGAAAGCUCCAAAAGGCCUGUUGGUGGUAGACCGUCCACUCUGGAACAAAUACUCCAGCGACAUGAAGACCGAAUUACAGGACCCAUGAGUCCUAGUUUGUCUCCUGGGCCCAUACCUUCAGUGGGUCACAUUUUAACCCCAGAGAGAAAUCUGACUGCAGAUGGUCUUUUUACUAGUAAUAGGAAGGAAAACCAGACUCCCUUGUCUCCACCGGUAACUGAACCGAUCUGGACCCCAAGCUGGGAGACGGCAUCCCAGGAACCGAGCCAGAUACGGCAGAGGAGCACAGGAUCUCAGGAGCAGUCACGAAUGCGAUCGAGAAGCGUUCACCAGAGACCCGCUCCUGUGGAGACGUCUGUAGAUGGCCCACUAGCUCGAAUCAGGAGCCGCAGUGCACAUAGAGACAAAAGACAAGAAAGCUUGGAGCAUCUGAAACAGAGUGGACAGAACGAGGGUAAGGACACGGACACGCUGGUGCAGGAGACGGACAGUCAGUAUGGGACAUGGGACACAGGACUGCACACGGAUGACAGUCUGACCCCAGUGACUCCAUCAUCGGACAGCAACCUCGUCCCGUCUCCACGGAAACCCUCUUUGCCUCAAACCCCAGAUCAGCUGAGCCCAGAGGAGCAGGAGGAGCCUCUGAACUUCCCACAGUCUCCCACAACCCUGCUGGACUCCAGUGCUCAGCGUUCUAAAGCUCAGCUGAGUAAGAGCUGUCGUCGCCGCAGAGCUCCGCCCUCUCGAGCUGCUCGUCACAGCGCUGUUCUAUCAGACGGCUUAGAGCUCGGGACUGACGAGUGGAGGUUCAAAGACACCACAGAGGAUAAACCUGACUUGGCUAAGCAGCAGGAUGAAGAGUCAGAUGAGGAUGAACCGACCCGAGACAGUCGUACCUCCACCUCCUCACAGCCUCAGAGAGUGUCUCUCUUCCCCGGCAUGGACCCUUCAGCUCUAAUGGCCCAGCUGAAGAAAAGAGGAGAGACAGACAAUCAGACAGACGGUUCGUCUCCAACACAGCUGUCUCGCUCGCCCAAAUCUCCCUUCCUGGGCAGAGCGUCUCGAGUGCUGCCCCCUGUGGGUAGUAAAGAGAACGGUGAAGAGUCGUCACCUCAGUGGCUGAAAGAAUUAAAGACGAAGAAACGUUUCAGUCAAAUCGAGAACGACGGCUAGAACAUAACAAGAUGCCUUAUUACUGGAGUAUCUGUAGCUCAACUGCGAUGACACAAGCCUUAACCUUUGACCCCCCGGCAUCGAUGGGAACUCCGCUGCUGCUGAUGACAUCAUCGUCCACCUGGCGUUGGACCGGUGGUUCGCUUUCUCUGUGCUCCUCCCAUUGGCCGAGGCGUCACACGUGCAUGGUGCCUUUCUAGGAGAUCUACAAACUGAUGAGAAGAGAUCCGUGUGUGUGUGUAUGUGUGUGUGUGUAUGUGUGUGUAUGUGUGUGUGUGUGUAUGUGUGUGUGUGUAUGUGUGUGUGUGUGUGUGUGUGUGUGUGUGUAUGUGUGUGUGUGUGUGUGUAUGUGUGUAUGUGUGUGUAUAUGUGUGUGUGUGUGUGUGUAUGUGUGUGUGUGUGUGUGUUCAUUUCCUGUGAGAGGAUUCCUUUUGGCAUAGAGACACUUUAUCUCAACCAACACUUCCUGGAUUGCGGAAGAAGACGGUUCACGGGACCACGCCCGCGUACGACAGCGACCCUCAGAUGACUGGAGGACGCUUAUUUACUCCAUGUGUAUUUGGUCCAUUUAUUGUUGUUUUUUUUCUUCCUCUCUGCUCGGUGGGUUUAGGUGAUGCACACGGCGUCUUUUCUGUUCUUUAUGCUAAUCCGUCGCUAAUGCUCGGACAGUACAGGUUAUAGUAUUUAGCAGCUUAAAAAAAUAAAUUGAAAUGUAAUCAUGGAUUGUAUUUUCAAAUGUUUAAGGAAGGCGUUGGGGAGAAACACAGGAAUGAUAUAGAGAGAUAUUUUUUAAAACACUCUAAUCCUAACUCUUUAUGCCUCGAGAUUUUUCUUCUAAUGUGUUUAAAGAUACGCGGUGUCGCGUCUCGCUAUCAUUUACGCCUUUUAUGUUGUGAUCAGUUUAACGAUUCGUCACGAUCCUUACAGCGUCGCUGCUCCUGAGAUUAAACCUACGGCGUGAGAUCGUCACGGCGAUGACGCCGUCCGUGUGUAGCAUGAUUGCCCGCUGUGCUGAUAGAUAUCUCUUUUUAUAGAACGUCAUGACGAUGUCAUAAUCACAAUCAUAAACACGCCUGCUUCAUUUAGGGAUGAACAAAUCUGACCCUCUCAGGAUCAGACACAUGAUCUUCUUCCUGUUCUUCUGGAACAUUCCAUUUGUUUCUCCGGCUGAGCGACGCCGGUGUAGCAAACAUUUAAUCUUAGUGCAAAAAUAUCUACACACAUGCACACACACACACGCACCACAGAUCCAAUCACCUCUGCUGUGUGUCAUUUCAUCACUAAGCCCCACCCACAACCGGUAAAAAAUGGAGUCGUGUGGAGGAAAGCAGGAUGUCUGAAGUGUAAAUGUUUUUUAUGUGAGAAAGUUUUCCAUUCCCGAAUGACGUAAAAAAAAUCCUAGCAGAUGGAGCGCCUUUAUUUUUUUAACUGUAUGUACAAUCGUUUAUUUUUAAUUACUCUCGUAUCCAAAGCCUUAGUGAUGUUGCACAAUCCGAUGGGACCUCUGUGUCGCCCCGCGAGCGGUCAGGAUGAGUGCUAACGGAUGAAAGCUGGAGCUUCGUCUCCGUCACUCGGUGGAUUAUGAUUCAUUUUUUUUGUUUGUACAGAUGUGAGAAAGGGAAAACUUUAUCAGUUUAAUAGAUUUUGUUUUGUUUUGUUCUGUUUUGGGGAAUAAACCCUGAGCUGAUGUGAAGCUCCGUGAAGCACUUUCCCUCAGCUGAUGACCACCAGGACUGACCACUUCCUGCCACUUUCUGAAGCAUGUUGAGAUGUAGAGAGUGUGUGUGUGAGAGUGUGUGUGGUAUGCGAGUCUUCUCAUCCUGUUUUUUUGUCCGUUCGUGGGAAAUUCACGUCUCUCUUUGUAUUUUUUAAUUUCACCAUAAAGAUGUAUAGUGCACUGUGUUGUAAAACCGGUGGUUAUGACUGUAAAUUCAUAAUAAAAUUUACAAUAAAUUUAUUUUCUUGGCU